UUCCGCCUUUCCGCGUCCCUCGCGGCGGGCGUCGGGGCUGAGCCGCGCACUCGGAUCAGAGGCUUUGCGGUCAACGGCUUAUUUGCGGGCCCCGCCGCAGCCGACCCGGCUCUUGGGUGGAGAGACGAUGGUGGGCCGGAACAGCGCCAUCGCCGCCGGCGUGUGCGGGGCCCUUUUCAUCGGUUACUGCAUUUAUUUCGACCGCAAGAGACGGAGUGACCCCAACUUCAAGAACAGGCUGCGAGAACGAAGAAAGAAACAAAAGCUUGCCAAGGAGAGAGCUGGGCUUUCCAAGUUACCUGACCUUAAAGAUGCUGAAGCCGUUCAGAAAUUCUUUCUAGAAGAAAUACAGCUUGGUGAAGAAUUAUUAGCUCAAGGUGAAUAUGAGAAGGGUGUGGACCAUCUGACAAAUGCAAUUGCUGUGUGUGGACAGCCACAGCAGUUACUGCAAGUGUUGCAACAAACUCUUCCACCACCAGUGUUCCAGAUGCUUCUGACUAAGCUCCCAACAAUUAGUCAGAGAAUUGUAAGUGCUCAGAGCUUGGCUGAAGAUGAUGUGGAAUAAGAAACAAAUAUCAACAUAAUGAUAUCAAUUAAAACAUAUUUUUAAAAUCUUAACUCGGAAGAUGAUCGGCUCUGGGGGAGUAAGGGCAGAUGAGCUUGUUAUGGACUGUCCUCCACAGUGAAGUCUACCAAAGUUAAUUUUUACUUUGUGUAGAUCCAUUUGUCUGUUUUAUUUAUUUUUCCCAGUGAAAAGUGUAUUUUGAUAGAGAGCUUUUCAUUUUAUAAAUACACUAUGAAUUACUGAAA